AUGGGUAUGGAAAAAAAUGUCUCAAAAGAUUUCAAGCUGAAACCAAUGAAAUGCGAGCUGAACUUUUUGAGUAAGUCUGAUGGUUCGACAAUUUUAUCACAAGGUGACACUGUAGCGGUAGUAAGUGUGAAUGGACCAUUAGACAUUAAGUCGACCAGCCAAAGUAUCGAAAAAUCCACUUUGGAGGUUUUAUAUUGUACUAAAGGUGGCAAACCAUCAGUUGCUGAUAGGUACAAAGAAAAUGUCAUCCGUCAGACCUGCGAGACUGCAAUCUUGGGAAGUUUGUACCCUCGCACAGGCAUCACUGUCACUAUACAGGAGUUGGAAGACUAUGGAGGGUUACUCUCCUGUUGUCUGAACUGCACCUGCCUUGCACUCUUAAAUUCUGGUGUAUCGAUGCGGUGUGUAUACGCAGCGGUAACAUGCGCCGUCGAUGAGUCUGGUGACAUAGUCCUGGAACCGCCUAAACAUCAACUUCAGACUGCGAGGGCUGUCAUGACGUUUGUUUACGAUAGCAGAGAGAAAAGCUUAGUAACUAGUUUCACGGAAGGCAUGUUCAGCGAAGACACAUACAAAGAGGCGUUAGCUCGGUGUCACGCCGCCAGCGACUUGAUAUUCUCCUUUUAUCGAGAUAUAGUCAGUAAAUACGCUAAUGUCAUAUGA